UGUAAUAUUUAUAUAGGAGCUCCAUAAAGAGAUAUUAGAUAGGAAACAAGAAAAAAAUUGGAAUCAUAAUCAAAGUAGAAUAAGAAAUAGAUAAUAACAUUAGUACCUGAGUACUAAAAGAUAACGAUUAUUUUAUCGAUUUUGAUAUGUUAUUCGUAUUGAAAGCACUGAUAAGAUAACUGCGAUAGAAUGAGGAGCCAAUGAGUUUGUUGCAACAGUAACGGCUUGGUUUUUGUUAAGUUAUCUUUUCUUAUCAAAAAUUGCCUUACGGUACACAGUUAUCAGCUCGGACUCGGUAGAUUAGUUCAUAGUUAUUCGCGAAUCGGUGGAGUUGCGUGAAAUUGUGCCACAGUUCGAAGAUGCAGUUAAAAACGUUGUUCGUUGUGAUUUGUAUUGCUACAGUGUCUGCAGUAGCAAAUGCUGAUGCUUCAGACCACCUUUCUACGAAUGGUUACCUGGCGUACUCUGGACAGUUCCCGCACCAUGCUAAGCUUUUUGUUACCGAUGAUAAAACUUUCCGAACUUAUGGAUCACUCAUCACACCGAAUUACAUCCUUACACUUGCCCAGUGGUUACGAGCACCUCAGAUUAAGGGUAUCAUUAUUCUGGGCAUUGACGACGGAAGGAGCACCGAAACACAGCAACGUUUCAAUUUCACAAAAAGUGAUAUAGUGCUUCAUCCAACGUACAAUAUUGCAUCGAUUCGUCUAGACCGUGCAGUUACCUUCACGAAAUUUGUGCAACCAAUACGAUUGCCCAGGUUAUCCGAUACCCGCACGUACGAGAUGAUGGAGGGCACAAACGUUAUAGGGUUUUAUGGUGCAACGAGAUAUUUGCGCAAUCAGGUGAUGGUGAAUGAGGUUUGCAAUCCGCAACAUCCUGAAGCCACCAUCAAACCAGAGGAUAUGUGCACGAACGCAUACAUUGGCGGAUCGCUAUGCAACAGAGAUCAAGGGACUGGGUUGAUCAUUCAGGAUGAGAAUGGACCUAUAUUGGUAGGAAUAACAAGUAAAGUGUAUGAGUGUGAAUUGAACUAUCAUACGGUUUAUUUACGUGUAUCUGGGUUACGAAAUUGGAUUACUAUGAACACGGAUUAUGUGUUUGAUUUUUAGAUCAGUUACCAAUUUGUUGUUAAUGUUAAUGAAAAAAAAUAUUUAAAUUAAUGAGAAUGACAAGGAAAUGAACCACAAGCUAGCGUAUCAUGUGUCUGAAUGUAUGACAAAGCAAACAUCAGGAUGGUGGCAAAGGUCGCAAGUAUACGAUGGUUUAGGCACCUGAUGAGGAUGCCGGACUCAUAUCCUACAAAGAAGGUACUCGUCAACGACCUGUACAAGAGCACAGCGUUGAAUCGAAUGGAGUACUGGAAGCUUUCGGAUCCAGCUGUGGAUGGAGGACAACAUCCUUGACCUGAGUUUCCUAUAAACGUAUUGGUUACAUUGUCAUAUCAGCACACCGUCCUCAAUCGUGGGUGGAAACUUUGGAAGAUAACAAAUCAAAAUAUCUUAUCUGAAGAGAUGUAUUUUUUUAUCAAAGCAAAAAUCAGUUUGAUUUAGUUAUCAUGAUUCUAUGCCUUGUAACAUUUGUUCGGGAGCUAAAGUAUCAUUCGGCCAUAAAUAGACGGAAUACAAGCAAUGUACAAAAAAGUUAUAAUGUUUUUUGUUUUGUUUUUUG